AAUUGCUGUAAAUUGCUAUCGAAUAUGAUCUAAGCAUAUUUCAUUUUUUAAAGUUCCCGCAAAAUGACGUCACCGGAAGUUUCAAUGUUAUGAAAAACGGAGAAAGCAUGAAGAGCGGACAUACAGAUGCUGUUACCUUAUUGCAGAUUUUGGGUAUAAUCUGCGUCAAUUUAACAUUAAUACAAUGUCACCCGCAAUGUUUAGACUUCAGACCACCUUUCCAACAGGAGAAGUUAUCUCCUUUUUGUGCGAAUUAUAAAGAAUUUGGCUGUUGCACUGGGAGCAAAGAUAGGCAGAUUCAAGAACAGUAUGAAGAAACUGUAAAGAAAUUGAAAGCUGAAAAUCUUCAUCACUGCAACCAAUAUCUUGAAGAUAUUCUGUGUCAAGCUUGCUCACCUUAUGCAGCACAUAGCUAUGCAUCAGAGAGUAACCCAAAUGCUCCGCCAAGAGAAUUACCUGGACUUUGUAGGACUUACUGCAACGAUUUCUACAACGCGUGCAAAGAUAUCGUCAAACAUAUCACUAAUAGCAGCAUCAUUUUACAGUCAUUGAGUUCAGCUGAUCAGUUUUGUGAGUUCAAUGCUAUACCGGAUGUUGAUUAUUGUUUUCCAGAGUUGCUGAGCAAUCCAAUUUUGACGAAAAAAGUCACAAAUAAUGCCACAACUGUCAAAGGUUGUCUGUGCCUUGAGGAGUUUGCUUCUGAGCUUCGACAACCAUUGCUUAUGCGUCAUGCUAAUGACGAUACAGAAAGGAUCUUCAUUGGAAAACAAUUAGGACUUGUGUACAUAUUUUACAAAAAUAAAACAAAAAUAGAAGAACCAUUUUUGAAUAUCACGGAAAUAGUCUUGACAACAAGUCGCGAAGGAGAUGAACGAGGUUUUCUCGGAAUGACAUUUCACCCAAAUUAUACAACUAAUCGGAAAUUAUACAUAUUUUAUUCUACUAAAUCAAAAGGAGGGGACCAUACCACAGUGAUAUCUGAAAUGCUUGUACAAGCUAACAACCCUAAUAAAGUCGAUGCCAACUCAGAGCGUAUUAUUCUUAAGAUUGAGCAACCAAAUUGGAACCAUAAUGGAGGAGAGAUCUUGUUUGGAGAUGAUGGAUACCUGUACCUAUUUAUUGGAGAUGGGGGUGGAUCGGGAGACAGAGACGAUAAUGCUCAGAAUAAGUUUAGCUUACUAGGGAAAGUACUAAGGAUCAAUAUAGACACACGUGACCCAAAUAUCCCCUAUACAAUACCAGCAGACAAUCCAUUCAUCCGGGAUAACCUUGCAAGACCAGAGAUAUAUGCGUAUGGCAUCAGGAACAUAUGGCGCUGUGGAAAGGACAGAGGGGAAAAAGGAACAGGUGUGAACAAGGGAAGGAUCAUAUGUGGUGAUGUGGGACAAGAUGCCUAUGAGGAAAUAGACAUUAUAGAGCCUGGUGGUAAUUUUGGAUGGAACUCUAGAGAAGGAUUUGAGUGUUUUAGAGAUGACCUAUGUGGGAAAAUAGAAGUACUACCUAUCCAUGCAUACCCACACUCCAUGGGAAAAUCAGUCACUGGAGGUCACAUAUAUAGAGGUUGUCAGAACCCUAACUUGGAGGGAAUGUAUAUCUAUGGUGAUUUUGUUACAGGCCGUAUUUGGAAGAUGAUUGAAGACCCCACAACUGGCCAAUGGGAUAACAGUGAAGUCACAAUGUGUGGACCAGACGUCUGCUUUAAUGGUCUUGUAGGAACCUAUGAACCAAACAUUCUUUCAUUUGGGGAGGAUCAAGAUGGUGAGCUGUAUAUACUCACUACUGAUUUUGCAAGCAGCACUAGUGCAAGUGGAAAAGUAUACAAGAUUGUGGAUCCUAUUAGACGUGGCGACCCUGAGUCUUGUGGUGGGGGUCCUGUAACCUGGAAACCAACACCAACCACUACAGAUUUCCAAUGUGAUUUUGAAAAAGGCACAUGUGGAUUAAAGUUUGAUAAUAUAUCCCCAUCAGGCAAGCAAUUGCCCAUUGAUGGUUUCCAUUGGCAAAGGCACAAAGGAGCCACUCGCACUGAAGGUACUGGUCCAGAGGGGGACCACACAAAAACUGAUGCAUCAGGCUAUUACUUGUACACAGAGGCCUCCAGCCCAGCUGUUCAAGAUGAUGUUGCAAGAGCUAUAGUUCAGCUGAAUCUCCCAACUCCUAGUAAAGGUUCACUAGAUUUCUACUACCAUGCAUUUGGGGAGAACAUUGCAGCAUUCAGAGUUUAUUCACAGCAGGGUUCUCUCAUUGAUAUAUUGCUAGCAGUCGUAGGUGCCCAGGACAACACACAAUGGCGCUAUGCAAAGUUCCCACUGGAGGCAAGUGUUAGCAACUUAGAGAUAGUUUUUGAAGUAGUCAGAGGUGCCAGCUGGAAAGGAGAUAUAGCCAUUGAUGACAUUACAAUCACCUUCCAAGAUGAUUCAAGUGAUAAAUCCACGACUAGAAAGAGUCCCCCAAUAACAACAAAGCCAACCAUUACAGAUGUCUAUAUUGCGGGUGAACACUGGAGGGCCUACCCUGGGCAGUACCUCCCAGGAUAUAAUGAUGUUACGGAAUAUCGUCUGAGCCUUGAAGAUUGUCUAAAACUUUGUGUAGAAAUUUCCAGCAUGAACUGCCAGUCUGUGGAUUAUGUGACAUCACACAAUGAAUGCAUCCUUGCAGAUACAAACCAACAUGAUCCUAGGUUGAGAUCAGGCUUGGGGAACCAUGAUGAUAUUACCUAUUACGAACGUUUGCAGUCAGGCCCUACUACAACUACACCAAUACCACCCGAAAAUCCAUCUGCAGUCCCUCCAACGAUGUACCAUAAUGUACAGCUCACAGUGAAUAAUGCCUUAAGUGGUUCUGCAGCUCAAGAGCUGACAGUCAUAACUUCAUGUUACUACACAGCCACUACGGGAACUGUAGAUCUGGGUCAAGAGGAGACUGAUUUCAAUGGUGAGAUCCAGUACAGGAUUCCUAUAAAGGCUGGUGAAGGCAUCAGCUGUAAGCUCCAGCUUAGCAGUGGGGCUUUCUUCAGAGAUCGUGGGGAGCAUUGUGUCUUCCCAUACAUUGAGGUGUUGGUAGAAAUGGCUGAUGACAAGACUCCACUGUUUGACAGUUUAGCAAUUGUGAUGAGCACAUAUGGAUAUACAGUUUACACUACUGCUUGAAAAUAAUGCUGAACAUAUAUAUUUUUACAUUUACAUUUGAUAAAAACAUUGAAUUAUAUUAUCUGACAAAUUACACAUUUACAGUAUGUAUGAGACCUUAUUAUGGUAUGGGUACAUAACAUUAUCAACACAAUGCUUUAUUAUACAUGUAGAGUAUAUAUGAGACCAUCUGAUUACACAGAUACACAUUGUCAUUGAUACAAGGUUUGACCAGGAACAGCAAACGUUCCAAGCAAUGUCAUAUAUAAAUCAUAUACAAUAAAUCCUGUAUUGUAUUUGUAUAAAAAUGCUUAAACAUUUAAACAUCUAAACAGUGGCAAAGGGUUAAAGUAGUCCAUAGAACAUAUACACUCUAUAAUGAAAUAGAUUCGCAGUGCCAUGAUAGUGGUCACGAUAAAGAAACAGUAUUUGUAACCUUAAAGCACUUGUAUUAUAGAAUUUUGUAUUUUUACAUUCUUGUAGAACCUUUAUAUACAAUACACUGCUGACUAUAACUUUAUAUGGACGUUAUUUACUUUGUAACCACUCACAUAGUUUGAGUCACAAGAAUAAGACAAUGAAUAAAUCUAUAUUUUUACUUACAACCUUCAACUUCCUUGUCUCUUGUGUUUUAUCAAGGCCAUCAAUAGUUUUCAUUAAGUAUUAUAGGUAAUAUAGACACCCACCUUUUUCCAAGGUGUU